AUGGGAAAAGGUACUCCAUCUUUCGGUAAAAAGCACAACAAGUCCCACACUUUGUGUAACAGAUGUGGCCGUCGUUCUUUCCACAUUCAAAAGAAGACCUGUUCUUCUUGUGGGUACCCAGCUGCUAAGAUGAGAAAGCACAACUGGGCUGAAAAGGCUAAGAGAAGAAGAACUACUGGUACUGGUCGUAUGGCUUACUUGAAGCACGUUUCCAGAAGAUUCAAGAACGGUUUCCAAAGUGGUGUUGCUAAGCCAAAGGCUGUCUCUGCUUAA